AUGAACGACGAGGUCCUCUCACGCCUUAUGGCGGUCAUAGAGAACCAACAACGGCAAAUUUCCCAUCAACAGGAGAUUUUGGACCGCACAAACGCCACUCUCGACGCGAUAUCGUCCAAAAUGGGCGAGCUCCUUCUUGACACCAGCAAGCCCCGUCGGAAGCAGAGUCUGCCGUUACCUCCAGAAAUCUGGUGUGAGAUCUUUGAAAAUUUGACUCAAGUCGACAUCUUGGUCGUCUGCCAAGUGUGCCAGGAGUGGCACCGGCUUGGACUUACCAAGCUACAAAAACGCAUAUUUGUUGAUUCCCCAGAGCUGGCUUUCAAAGUGGCAUUGGCCAUUGAUUGCGAGUUCUACCGCAAUUAUACCGGGGUCAACUACGAUUCUUUCAUGCAACUUGCGGGCGAGGAUUAUCUUGACCCUCGAUACGUUAAAGAGAUCGUGUUCAACAACCCCUGUUUCUCUCCUCGCUUCAUUUACAAAUUCAGUGAAAAGUUCCCUUACACGGACUUCAGUAUCAUUCUGUCCCUGUACUACAAAAACGUGGUGAACGACAAAGUCAAUGUCCGAACCCUCCAGGUAGAGUGCGACGAACUCAGCAAUUUCACCCAAUGGGCUGGCUCCAUUCGGAACAUCAAUAUUUUGAAGGAAACUGCUGAGACGUAUGUGAACUUGAGUAAAUUUCACAAUCUCAAGCGUUUAGCACUUCCUGAUUGUCCUGUGGUCAACUAUAAUGGACCCAAAAUGUUAUUGGAUCUGUUAGUACUUCGAGGACUUUUCAAUCCAAGUGUGUUGAAAUUUGUGAAUAUGUCUCACUUGCGUCUGUUGCACUUGACGUUUGAAAGAGACAUGAGUGGCAAGUUUCUUAAACGUAUGCAUCGCCUCACAAACUUGUCCAUCCUGUUUGACUGGCAUGACGACCUUGUGCCACUGUUUGAAUACUUCAUGAGUCACUUGAAGCGGAAUAUUUUGCGGUUUAUUCGCUUUCAUGGCAUAGAACCGUUCAAUUUGACUGAAGUGCUGCGGGUCAUAAGCAGUCAGCGUGAACUGCUUCAGCAUCUCAUCGUCGCUCAUAAGUUCGCCUUGGAAAUCGUGUUUUUCGACAUUACGGCUGUGAUUCGCAACAUGCGAGUUGACGAAGGUUAUCGCGAAGAAGAAAUCACCGAGUGGUUCAAGAGCUUUAAAGGCAAUCAAUUUCCAAACUUGAAGUAUGUGGUCGUCAAUGGUAAAACAUGGCAUAUACAACGAAGCUUGGGUGAAUACUUGUACCGGAAAGUAAUUGUAGACCAAAUAUAG